AUGAGCAAUAUCGAUGAUCAUGGGCUGCCCACCUUGAGCCAGAUUGACCUCAAUCUGCUCUUCGCCUUCGAUCGGCUCUACCGGGAACGCAGCGUUACUAAGGCUGCGGAACGGAUCGGUGUAACGCAGUCCGCAAUGAGUCACACGCUUCGUCGUCUACGUGAUGCGUUGAGUGAUCCGCUCUUCGUUCGCGGUCGGGGCGGGUUGAUUCCUACGCCGCGGGCCGAUGCAUUGGUUCAGCCGAUUCGUCAGGCGCUCGUUGCUUUGGAUCGCGCGGUCGCGGGGCCCGAGGCUUUCGAAGCAGCGACCGCCGUCCGUGCCUUUCGCGUCGUGUCUCCCGACAUCUUCGAUGUGCUUGCGCUGCCGGAUGUUCUUCGCGCGCUCGGCGAGACGGCCCCACGCAUUACACUCAGUGUCGUUGAGCGCGACGCGCGUCAGAUUGCGGCCGAGUUGGAGACCGGUGACGUCGACUUUCUGAUCAACGCCGUUUCUGCAAGGCAAGGCGAUCUACGCAGCGUCUCGGAUCCGGGUCUCCAGCGUCGCACGCUCUUUCGAGACGACUUCAGUUGUUUCGUUCGGCGAGGUCACCCGAUGUUUAGGGGGCGGAAGCGGCCUCGGAUGACGCUGCCGACGUUUACGAAGUUGUCGCAUGCGCUGGUGUCACCCACCGGCGAAGGCGCGGGGCUGGUCGAUCUCUAUCUGGCAAAGAAGGGACUCGAGCGGCAGAUCGCGCUUCGUGUUCCGUCGUUCACCACCGCGCGAAUGAUCGUGGCCGAAACCGAUCUGGUGCUCACGGCGCCGACGGCGUUGGCGCAUACGAUGGGGACGGACGCCCCGCUCCUGGUCUUGAAGCCGCCGCUUCAGCUUCCGGACCACGGUGUUGCGAUGACGUGGCAUGAGCGCUUCACCCAUGACCCCGGCCAUCGGUGGAUGCGCGAUCUCAUCGCGGACUUUGCCGCGAAAGCGGCACGUCGAACGAUCCGAAGAAAGUCCUGA